AUGACCAAAGCACAAGUAACGAAGAUACCCAUUUUAACAGCACCGAAAACUUAUGCACCUAUACAACAUCCAUCUCUCUCCGUCAAACAGGAAGAGAUUUUGAAUCGAUUGUCAGACUACGUGAAGGAAAUUUUACUAACUGAUAGUGAGAAAGCAUGGGCUAAUGAGGCCUGUCUGCAGAGGUAUUUAAGAGCAUCAAAGUGGCAUUUAGAUGAGGCGAUGGAGAGAAUAAAGUAUUCUUUGGAAUGGAGGCGAACGUAUAAGCCAGAACAUAUUGAUCCGAAAGAAGUUGAGCCAGAGUCGGUCACUGGUAAAAUGCAUAUCAAUGGAUUCGAUAAACAUGGAAGACCUAUAAUAUAUCUCCGCCCAGGCAGAGAGAAUACAAAAGCAGGUCCAGGACAAGUCCGGCACGUUGUUUUCUAUUUUGAGAGUGCCAUCAGACUAAUGCCCGAAGGUACCGAAAAUAUUGUAGUUUUGAUUGACUUCCAUGGGGCAUCGGCUCGAACGAGCCCUGGGAUUGGUAUUGCAAAGGAGUUUAUGCAUGUACUAAGCUCACAUUACCCAGAACAGCUUGGGUUAGCAUUGGUUGUGAAUGCUCCAUGGUACUUCUGGGUAUUUUUUCGUUUAAUUUCUCCUUUCAUUGAUCCGGUUACAAAAGCGAAAAUAAAAUUCGUCGACUUGAAUGAUGGAACGAAAGCUGCAAACGGCGGUCAAUGGACAACUUUGGAUCAAUUUAUUAGCCAGGACAUGCUUGAACGCGAAUAUGGAGGAAAUAAUGCCUUCGAAUAUCAUCAUGAAACAUAUUGGAGUGCCUUACUUGAGAAGACUAACAGGGAAACAACCCGUCAAGCUCUCAAGGAUUGA